AAAGGCCCCGGAAGACGUUGACCCGAAGGUAGAAAGGCCAAGGACCUGGAAAGCAAGUACUUUGACUGGCGCUCUCUUGUUAACUUGCCAUGAACAUAUGUAGGAUAAUUCGUAAUAUUUUCUGUAGAUAGAAGGCAAACAAGUACAGAGGCCGGGGAGACAUGGAGAAAAUUGAACAUUUCAGUCAUAAGCAUCCGCUAACCUUCAUCGAAAGUGCGACAACACUUGGAAGAAAGUACCGCAACAAGAUUAAGUUAUGCGCAGGGUGCGACAAAAUCUGCACCUUUCCACUCUAUGCUUGUACGGAAUGCUCCUUCUAUCUGCACAAAUCAUGCGCAGAUCUUCUAAGAGUGUUCCAAAAUCCCUUUCACCCACAUCCGCUCACGCUGCUCUUUGAUGCGGAGAUUUCACUUACUUGCGGGGCUUGUUUCAAAACUUGCAGUGGCUUCUACUUCAGCUGUGAGGUAUGCGAUUUUUACCUGGAUAUUGGUUGUGCUUUUCUUAUUCCCACUGUAGGAGAUCAAGGCUGUAAGCAACUACAACACUUCACUCAUUUGCAUCCACUGACAAUAGUCGAGAGAGAUUAUGAUAAUAUUAAUCGCGUUAGAUGCCUCAUAUGUUGGGACUUCUGCUCGGGUCUUUGCUAUGGUUGUGAUCCUUGCGGCAUCUUUCUUCACCAACCAUGUGCUGAGUUCCAGUGCCCACAAGAGAUCCAAAACUUUAGGCAUCCAUGCCCUCUCACCCUGCGUACUCGGGUCAAUUCCUUUCGCUGCCAAGCCUGUGACACUAGCAUGCUGGGCAUUUGUUACCAUUGUGAGCGGUGCUUAUUCUUUAUUGAUGUUGGAUGUGCUCUGUUGACCUGCCUAGAAUCGGAAGACCGAAUGCAGAUCAAACAUUUCAGCCAUAAGCACCCCCUUUUCAUUCGGAAUUUUGAUUGCAGUGACCGAGUCUACUGUUUUGCGUGUGGAACAAACUGCUCGGGACCAACUUAUAUCUGCAAUCAGUGCAGGUUUUCACUCCAUAAACGUUGUGCUGGGUUUCCUCCGAAGAUCUAUAACCUCCUUCACACAAACCACCCUCUAACCCUGCGUUUAAGGCCAACGGGUACAGAUUCAACCCAAGUAGGAUAUCCAUGCGAUGUGUGCUACGGGGAUUGCAAUGGCUUGACCUACAUGUGUAGGCCGUGUAAUUUUGACUUGCAUGAUGAAUGCACUGGUCUAGUUCCCACUAUAAAAUAUGAAGGUCACAAACACCUUCUCUUGUUGGUCGAGAAGAUAGGACUUGGAGCCAAGUGCAAUGCCUGUGACAAACCCUGUGGUUCCUGGGUUCUCCGUUGUCAUCGCUGCGAUUUCAAUCUCCAUCUAGGAUGUGGUCCAUUACCAUAUGCAAUCAAACACAAUUGCCAUCUAGAUUCCCUCACCCUUACCGAAUCCCCCGUUCGAGAUGAUUCAGACGACGAAUUCUACUGUGAUGCUUGUGAGGAAGAAAGAGAUCCACGAUCACCCGUGUAUUACUGCGCAUCAUGCCUAUUUGUAGCUGACGUCUUGUGUGUCAUCUCUGAGGUUGGGCCAUGGCUGAAGGGAGAAUAUGGGGAUGUGGAACUGAGGACGCCUCAAGGAAAACUAGCUGGAAAGGUGAUUGCGAAAACCCAGGAGGUAAAAGAGUUCCUUCAAGCAGAAGAUGCUCAGGCGAUCAAAAGAUUCAAAACAUGUAGUGAGCUGGGACAAAAUCACGAACCAGACGACUACUAUCAUGAUUUACUGCUAACUUGGGAUGAUCUGUUAACCCCUUUCAAUGACAUGUUCGAAAAGGCAACGGCACGGGCUUUCGAAAUACAUGGUGACGUAGGAGUACAGAAAGCAGGGGGACCUAAGCCUGCUAUGACCUUUCUUUAUAUAAAAAACUCCUUGACUGACGAGGAAUCUAUGGAAUUGAACAAGCUUUUAGCGACUGAAGAAAGAGGGAGUAGCAGUACUAAUCAAGAUCCGAACUCUUCUGAUGAUAAGCAGGAUGGCCCAGAUAUUUUGUCCUUCUUUCUGGACGAGGCCUACAUAGACUUCGAGCAAAAGAUUGCUUUGGGGCCCAAAAAAUCUACGGAAUUCUGGGACAUAGAGGAGGAGAUUGUUAAUGUCAGCGAUUACUUGGUACCUCGGAGCUUGGUCCCUAUCCUAGAAAGCUUGUUCUCCAAAUAUGGGGAUGUCAGUGCAGAUACCACUCUAUCUUCUGGAGUAAAGAUGUACCUCUUUACUGUAUUAUGUGGAACUUUAGACAGCAUGUACAAUACCAGGGUUUUAGACAUCUCAGAAGAUCUACUAAGAAAUUGGUGGAAGAACUUGAAAGCCUUGCUCUCUGCGGGGUUCAAAAUUCAGUUUGCUUUUGAACAUUUGAAGAGAGUUGCGCAUGCUUACUUUGGACUUCGUCUUAGAGAGGGAGUAGAUACCACCCUUUUCCAGCUUAAUAGAGAUAUCACCGAGUCUUCUGAACAAGUCGAGAAACUUGCUAAAAACUUGGAGCUAAUGAAGUUAAAAAGGGAGCGCAUAAUAUCUGAAGAUUCUGAGAUCAAGUCUAGCUUGGUUGACGAUUGCUUGCAAAAAGCCUUCAAAUUAAAGUGGAGGAAAGCUGGAAAGGGUCUGGAGCUUAAUCGGCGACACUAGAAAAAUGGAAAUCCGUACUGUUGUAUCUGUUCUCCAACGAUCUUAGCUUUCAAGGAUACGCAGAUAAUAUAUGUAUUUAAAUGUGAUCCUGUACAACUUCCUCACUGUAGCUCAACCUCCACACACCAGCUGAUCCUGUACUUUUGUUUUUUGUUUUGUUUUUUUUUUUUAAUGAAACACAUGGGAUUUUAAUGGAA